AUGCCUACGUGGACCGUUAUAAGCAAGAAACAAAAUGAGCGUUGUCGUAGACAGCGAACUGUUUGGAUAUUUAAAAAUGAUUUUUAUGUAGAACAUUCAUCACGAAUCGAAAAAUAUCAACAAGGUGGUAAUCGUGCUUUUAUAGAAUCUAUCAAGCAAAACAAAUCACCACAAGAACUUGUAAAAACGCCAGAACAGUCUGAUGAUGAAUGUGAUUACUAUUUUGAAGAUAUGACAGGCGAACAGUAUACUUCAUUAUCAUGGGAUAGUUAUGAGUCUCAGCAGGUAGAAUUGCAAGAAUAUAAUCCACAGUGGCCAAAUUUAUUUCAGCAAGAAUAUGAAGAAAUUGUUAAAAGACUGCCGAAACAUCCUGGCCAUGAAGGAAAAUCAAAACAAUCGCUAUUGCUAGAAAUGGAACAUAUAGGGAGCACUAGUGUCAAGGGAAUGUGUGCAAAGCCUAUAAUUGAUAUGUUGCUCAUUCAUGGUAAUAUAAGAAGCUGGGGUGUAACGAAAAGUGAGGAAACAUUCGAUACUUUGAUCAAAAUGGGCUACAGAACUAAAGACGGAAGUGUGUCGUGGCGCAAUUUCUGGGAUGGUGCAACAUUGAUCAAGAAUGGUUUUAUCAUCCAUACAACUCGUAACUAUGAGUCAAAUGGAAAUAACGAUUUCAUCAUAUUUUCGAGCUAUCUUCGUAAUCAUGCACAUGCUCGUGAGAGAUACAAUGCGUAUAAAAAGCGUAUGGCUUCGAAAUCUCCUCAUGUGACAGUUAAAGAAUAUACAUCUUGGAAAGACCAAUUUAUUCAUGACCUACUUGCAGAAGCUACGAAUUGGUAUAGACAACAUAAGAUGUAUGUUCAUAUCGGCAAUUAUGAUCAAAUAAAGAAGCAAUGGACAUGCUGCAAAGCGUCACAAGAUGAGAGAAAUGGUGAGACCGAAGACUCUGAAGACGAUAUGCCCAGAGGCGAAAUUGGUUGUUAUCAGCCUGGAUUGGAUAAAGACCACUACCAUCCUGGUCGAUAUUAUGUAACAGAAUACAAUUUUGUUAGAGGGUGGUGGACAUGUUGCUCGCAAGGUAGACAUUCAGAUGGAUGUGUGAAGGUGAAAGUGUUGGGCAAUGGAGAUGUGUUGUUAGGCGACUAUGAUCAAUGGGAUAUGUCGAGUGUCUGUCGAUGGGUAAAAUCAUUAAAAGAUAUUAAUAAGGAUUAUUCCGACAGUUUUCGUGAGCACGGUAUCAAUGGUCAUCUACUAUUGACCUCAGUGGACGACGAAGUCUUACGAGACCUGGGUGUAAGCACAGUUUUACACCGUAAAUUAUUUCUAAAAGGUAUCGAUGAAUUGAGAGGACCUUCAACAGCGAGUGGUUCGAAACCUUUAUCAUCAUUGAGCAAAGAAUCGAAAAAGUCUUAUUAUGAGGAAUUUCGUGGCGAUUUUAGUGCAUUGUUAUCUGUCCGUGAGAUGAAUGAAGCUACAACAUCAAUCUAUCGGCAGACGUCAGCGUGUCAAUUGACCGUCUUGAUUCCUUGUGUCAACAAGUUUCGUAUGUGGCAUGGAUGUCGAAAAAAUGCAUUACCGAACCUAUUAUCAGAUGGAUUCGCCACGUUAGGUUCCCUCGAUGACGGAUGGUAUGGAAAAAGAAUGUAUUUUACUUCGUCAGCUAAAUACGCAGCACGAUACUGUCCAGAGAAUGGCGGCUGUUUGAUCAUGUGCUACAUCGCAUUAUUAAACCCGUUCCCAGUCGUUUCAGCCGAUGCGCCGUUGGAUGUCUCACCAACAAAAUUCAGAUUUUACGGACAUGGCAACUUUAAAAACUAUCAGUGUCAUUACAUUCCCGUCUCAGCGAUAGGCAGUGAAAGUGCGAUGGAUUAUCGACCACCACCGACAGGCACUGAUGAUGCGAUAUACGAUGAAUUGGCUGUAUUUCAAGAACCGAGUAUUCUACCACAAGUUGUGGUACAUUUUAAAUAA